UCUGCUGCGUUAAGGGAGAAAAAAUGUUAAAAAAUAAACCACUGAUUUUGUAUUGAACUUUCAGUGACAACACUUAUACGCUAGGGCUAAGUAUGGUUGAUUGUUUAAUUUGAUCAUUGGGAAAAUACUAUUUUGUGUACGAUUCGUUAUUUGCCUUCAAAGUAGUUCAUCCAUAGUGUUCAUAUUUUCGGAUAGGAAUACAUGUAUUCGCUGUCAAAAUCUGGGACAGUCUCCUUUUCUGAAACAAGAUGCUUACUAAGCUGUCUACACUGUAUAAGACCACCAGCAUCCUACUAAAAGCUAACAUUGUAGCAGGUCGACCAACCAACUUCAUCAGAAUGGCCAGUUCACUGAUCAAAGACAAGGCUUUUGUAAAUGGGGAAUGGAUAUCAGCUAAAAGUGGAGCAACAUAUAAUGUGACCAACCCAGCCACAGGUGAGGUUGUAGGCUCAGUGCCGGACAUGGGAGUAGCUGACACAGAAGAUGCUAUUCAGAAAGCCUACAAGGCUUAUCAGACAUUCAAGAAAACAACAGCCAAGGAGCGCAGUGAAAAGUUGAAGAAGGCAUACAAACUUAUGAUGGAAAACAAGGAGGAGUUAGCAAGGAUUAUCACACUUGAAAAUGGUAAGCCUCUGGCUGAAGCAAAUGGAGAGAUCAUGUACGGAGCAGGAUUCUGUGAGUGGUUUGCUGAGGAGGGGAGGCGUGUCCAAGGUCAUGUUGUGGCCAGCCCAUUCCCCACCAAGAAAAUAUUCACCCUCAAGCAGCCCAUCGGUGUUUGUGCUAUGAUCACACCUUGGAAUUUCCCCAAUGCAAUGAUCACUAGGAAGGCAUGUGCCGCCAUUGCUGCUGGUUGCACUGUGGUGUUGAAGCCUGCUGAAGAUACUCCCCUGUCGGCGCUCGCUAUCUGUGAGAUAUUUGAGCAGGCUGGUAUCCCUAAGGGAGUGUUCAAUGUGGUAACAUGUGACCGUGGCAAUGCCCCAUCGGUGGGGAAACUGCUCUGUGAGAGUCCUCUUGUGUCCCUCAUCUCAUUUACAGGAUCAUCUGCUGUCGGAAAGAUUCUUAUGAAGCAAUCAGCAGACACAGUGAAGAAGUGCAGUAUGGAGCUUGGAGGCAAUGCUCCAUUCAUUGUGUUUGACUCUGCAGACCUUGACCUUGCUGUGAAAGGUGCCAUGUCAAGCAAGUUCAGGUGUACUGGACAGACAUGUGUAUGCGCCAACCGAUUCCUGAUACAAGAGGGAAUAUAUGAGAAGUUUGUGGCCCGGCUUGCAGAAGCAAUGGACAAGGAACUGAAAGUGGGCAAUGGUCUCACACAGGGAACCACUCAGGGUCCACUGAUAAACAAAAGGGCUGCUGACAAGGUAGCCACAUUUGUUGAGGAUGCGAAGUCCAAAGGGGCCAAUGUUGUUCGUGGCGGGCAGAGGAGUGAUGUUGGGGAGUCGUUUUACGAGCCCACCCUGUUGUCCAAUGUAACGUCAGGCAUGCUGGUGUCAAAGGAAGAAAUUUUCGGUCCGGUUGCUGGUGUUGCUAAGUUCAAAUCUGAGGAGGAAGCUAUAGCAUUGGCCAAUGGAACAUCAGCUGGCCUGGCAGGUUACCUGUACACUGGUGACUGUGCUCAACAGUGGCGUGUGGCUGAGGCCCUGGAGUAUGGUAUUGUGGGGGUGAACGAGGGGCUGUUUUCUACACCAGAGGCCCCGUUCGGAGGAUUCAAGGAGUCUGGACUGGGAAGGGAGGGUGGCAUUGGGUUCGGUAUUGAAGAGUACCUGGAGGUGAAGUAUAUGUGCCUUGGAGGCAUGUAAAUAUUUGACUGUGAUUGAGAACAAUAAUAUUGACAUGUUUUAUACAUGUAGUUGAAAAAAUGAAUCAUUUGGUAUUGUGCAUUCUUUUAAUUCAAUGCAUAUUGUUGUAACCAAGAUAUCUUAUUUAAGCUAUCACACUAUAAAGCAUGCAUUGUUACCUUGUAUAAAGGUAAAAUGUUGUUUUUUGUAAAAUAUCAUGAAAAUAUCAAAGCUUAUACAUGUAUUUGGUAUAUUGUUUUGUGUCUUAUGAACAGUUUUUAAGUUUUGUUGAAUUUUUUGAUGACAUCAUUCAACAUUUUGGUUAAAGAACAUUUCAUGCCUUGAAAUUAUCCGUUCAUUUAUUAAAUCAUGCUUAAACUUUAUUUUUAUGCCACAAAAGCUUCUUAAAAAUAUCAAUAAAUAAAAACAUAUUAAUACAUGUCUUUUCCUUAGGAUUAUUUUCUAUUUAAAACUCAAAAAAGAUAUCGGGUAACAACUUCCUUGCAAAUAAAGUUAAACCAAAUAGUGUUGUUCUAUUAUUCAGUAUUUAACUUAUUUAAACAGUAUAUACGCAAACAGCUGCCUUUUUAGCUAAUAAGAUAUAGUGCAAUUGAUCGAUGUAUAAAUGUUCUGAUAAGCCUUUGAAUUAUACAAUGUGCUAUAUUUUAUGAUGUAAAACCUCUCUCAUACAAAUGUUCUAAACAGUAUUUUUGCUAUAUAUUUUACAAUGCCAACUUUAAUUUGGCAUAAAGAAAUGAGCCAAACAAUUAUGGUAUUUUUACAUAAGUGUACAAGUAUACAAAUAUGACUGUCCAUUACUGCACUAUAAAUACAUGUAUACUAAAUCGCUUCUGACAGUUACUUUGAUGACUGUUCUUUAUUAUUUUUUGCAGAUUGUUUGUAUUGUAACGUACAUGCACUGUAUUCAAUGUUAUGUUUAACAAAUCAAGCAUUUUUUUAAUAAUAAAUAAGUUUCAUUCCA